GAUGUAGAAGUAGUAUUUGUCACACAAAUGCCAUGAACCUCUCUCUCUUUAACAUCUCACUCUCACCUUCCAUCCGCUUCACUUCUCCAAAACGAUGUCGUCACUACCACGUCAUUUCUCGGCGAAUCUCCCCCUCCCUUCCCCGUCGACGCCAUCUCCGACGCCGCCGCCGCCUUAAAAAGUUCUCUACCGAAGACAAUCCACCGUCCGAUCUAAACCUCCACUUUGUCCUUACCGUCGAUAAUUUGCCUACCAAAUCCUUCUACUCAAUCAAGGACCUCCUCCACUUGAAGCUCGGAGAAUUCCUCCACUCAGGCCGAGCCGCCAUUGAAGACUUGCGAACUCUCAUCCGUGUAGAUACCGAUGCCGGGAGACUUUCCUUCUCCUGCACAAGGUCCACCGUUAAAUUCCUAGCAACUCUAGUAGUUUCCAGUUUCCUAGUUAUUUUCACUCUUAGGGCUAUUAUUAACCUAGUGCGGGGGAUACGACUCAACAGUGGAAACAACAACGUUGAAUUAGUGUAUAAGAGAGACCGUAGUUUAGGUGGAAGAGAAGUACUUGUUGCUAAAAAUGAGACGCCUACGCUUGAUAGGAAGAAACCAAAUGUCUUGGAUAGUGAUGAAGGAAACAGUAAUUGGGAUUGGGAUAGGGAUAGUCCAAUUAGCUUUUCCAGGAGGCGAAAGAAGAAGAGUUCUGUGGAGCAAUUGCCUAAAUGGUGGCCUGUUUCGACUUCUGGUUCCGAUCAAGUUGGGGCAGAGAAUCAAGAAGAGUAUCAGAGAAUGGCCAAUAGAUUGAUUCGAGCCAUCUUGGACAAUAGAAUGACGGGGAAGGACAUUUUGGCGGAUGAUAUAAUUCAAUUACGACGCAUAGGGAGGAUAUCAAACGUGAAAGUUUCAUUUGAUACUGAGAAUGCACGUGAUACCCUUUUUCGCGUGGCAGUCGACUUUAUUCUUAAUUAUUGUGAAAGCACUGCAAGCCAGUCAGCUUUUGUUCUAAUUGAUGGUGAAGAAGCACAAAACUUUGUUGCUGGGCUUGCUGAUAAUGUUGGACUUGAGAGUACUCGGGCUGCAAGAAUGGUGUCUGCAGCUGUUGCUGCACGCACUAGGUCAAGGUUCUUGCAAGCUUGGGCCUUGGAAAUGCAAGGAAAGCAUUCUGAAGCUGUGGUGGAACUGUUUAAAAUAUGUGUCAUCCACCAGAUAUUUCCUCCUGAAGAGUUCUCGCCUGAGAUGGAGAUGGUGGCUCGUGGACUUGAGAAACACUUAAAAGUAGACCAAAGGGAGUUCCUAAUGAACAGUCUUCUACAUGUGUGUGGUGAUGAGACCAGGAGAAGUGUGGCUGAAGCUUUGGGUCUGAUGUACAUGAAGGGUGACAUUGUUCAUGAACAAGAAAACAAAUAUACAUAGAUCAUUAAUUUAUGCGUACAGGAAUUGAUUUUUUAAGAUGAAUAAUGUUUUAUGCUCAAAAAGACAUUGGUCUACAACUAGUACUACCUGUAUGCAACAACCUUCCGAAAUGCUUCAAGUGGAUUAUUGGAUGUAUCAUGUAAAAGGUAAUGUUAUCUGCUAGAAGAAAGGUCAAAUGCACAUCUUACAUUCUAAAGCCCUGAAAAGUUAUUCUCUCUUAAAAUUUGCGGAUGAGCCCGUUAUACCCCUAGUCUUGUUUGGAAUGGAACUUAUAUCUCCUAUUUAUGUUGAGUGGUUGUUAUACACGAGUACCUAUUUUUGACCUUU